AGGUAAAAAACAAAAGCUGACCCAAAGAGAAUAGCAAGCUUUGCUUCAAGUUGAAACAAUGGAUACCCGCAAAAGCCUAACAUCACUUGUUCAAGCAACCAAUAUCAAUUCAAUUAUUUCUUCAGUUGCCUACAUGAAAGACUUGGCGUAGGGAACUUGCAGACUAAGCAUUGAGCAGAGAAAGAGAGUGUUAACUGCUUUCUUUGCUUUCUUUCUUCUUCUCCAUGGAGGAUUUGGUGGUGGAAAAUCUCUUCAGUGGCGAUAGAGAAGUGCAGAUUCAAGCUGCGACUGAACUCAGUAAACUAAGCAGCAAGCAAAGGCAUAGGAUGGCUGAAAGAGGGAUUAUUUCACCAUUGGUUUCGAUGCUUCAGUCACAAGAUUAUGAAGCCAUUGAAGCUUCUCUGUUGGCCCUGCUUGGUCUUGCCUUUGGCAGUGAAAAAAACAAAAUCCGGAUUGUAAAGGCUGGGGUCAUUCCGGUAUUGUUAGACCUUCUUCAAUGCCAAAGUGAGGAGCUGAUUGAACUCACAAUCGCAGCGAUGUUGAUCCUGUCAUCUUGCACAGCAAACAAGUUGGCAAUUGCUUCUUCGGGGGCUAUACAACUCCUUGUAGAAAUCCUGAACGUGAACCUGAACCUGGUGAAUGCCGAUGCCAAUGACAUUAGUAGCAUUAGCAUGCAAGCAAGCAUAGAUGCAAUAGCUACACUACAGAAUCUCUCAACUUGUCAUCAGAUAAUUCCAUCAAUCGCCUCGUCUGGUGUGAUAUAUAGCUUGCUUCAACUUAUCCACUGUUCAGAAAAGUCAUCAGAGCUGACAGAGAAGGCGAUGGCUCUACUUGAAAAUAUUGUUUCCUCCUCUGAGAAUUCAAUUCAAGAAACAGCCGGUACUGGUGGUGCAAUCAGGAUUAUAGUGGAGGCAGUGGAAGAGGGUUCUCCUCAAUGCAAAGAGCAUGCAGUGGGAAUCCUCUACAUGUGCCGGAGCUGUAGAGAUAAAUACAGAGGAUUGAUAUUGAGGGAAGGUGUAAUGCCUGGGCUGCUUCAACUUAGUGUUGAUGGAACCUGGAGAGCUAAGAGUAUGGCUCGAGAGCUGCUGCUUCUUCUGAGGGAUUGCUCGAAUUAUGUUUCGACAAGUAAAUCAAAACAUGGGCUCAUGGAGCAGAUUAUGCAGGCAAUUGAUGCAGAUGGAGAGAAAGUUACAGGAACAACUCUGAGGUUGGUGGAGGAGAUGAUAACCAAGCUCAGUACAUAAAUUUUUUCCCUUUAGGUGAUACACUUUAGCCUUUAGAUUAUAGGCUUACUCAGGGCACUGAAAUCUCUGUAAAUAAUAUUGGUAUUGGCUGUUGCUUGCUAAUUCUCGGGGGUUUUUAUCUUUUAAUUGCCUGAUUAUUUAACAUCAGUGCUUACAAAGACAACUAAUUAAAACCACAGGUUAUGACUUUGAAUCUCCAUUGAUUUAAUGAAGGAGUUCAGGAAAUUAGCACCAAACC